CAUCAUUAUCACCGCGGUUAUUGAGCUGCUCCACGGUCCCUCCCUCCCUCUCCCGCAUGGACCGGAACCACGCAGUGCCACGUGACCGCGGAGCUCUGGACUGAACGAGCCUCUCUCACACCCGCAUCAUGGCUGCGGAGGAUGCGGCCGCGCGGUCCCGAACCGGAGCCCUGCUCCCCCGCGGGGCUCCGCUCUCUCCUCCCCGCCUGCUGCUGCUGCUCUCCCUGGCCGCGGGCUCCCUGCUCCCCGCCCCGGCGCUCGGCUUGCUCGGCUUUCGGCCGGAGGAGACCGGAGCGGAGCUGUCCGUGGCGGACGGGGUGCUGAAAGCCACCGAGGGGACCCGCUUCAUGCUGCGGGUUUAUUACUCCACCUCCCCGCAGAGGCUGAACCGCACCGCGGCGACUCGCGCCAACAACGCCGCGCCCUGGGUCGCCUUCAUCGAGGAGCCGAGUCCCGGGCGAGAGGGACAAGCUCACCCGAAGCGGAACAUGUGCAUGGACAAGAACGCCAGGACGUCCGACAUCGAGGUUUUGGGCUCUUUCAAGUCCGCUUCCAGUCAAAACUCGGUGCUGGUGGAGCUGCUGGCCAAAGACCUGCGGAGGGGGGAGAAGAUGAAAUACUACUCCAUGUGCGCCUUUGACGGAUCCAAAUGGGAACACUACCGGACGCGGGAUUUCUGGGUGGCCGUGGUGGAGCGCUCGGCUGUCCCGGAGCUCUGGCUGCAGGUGCUGGUGUCCGUGCUGCUGCUCGGGCUCUCGGCGCUGUUCAGCGGGCUGAACCUGAGCCUGCUGGCGCUGGACCCGGUGGAGCUGCAGGUCCUCCAGAACAGCGGCACCGACAAGGAGCAGAACUACGCGCGGAAAAUCGAGUCGGUGCGUCGGCACGGCAACUACGUGCUCUGCACUCUGCUGCUGGGCACCGCGAUCAUCAACGCCUCGCUCGCCGUGUGGAUGUGCCAGAUCCUGGGCAUGACCUGGCUCUCCACGGUCAUCUGCGCCUUCGGCAUCUUCUUCGUCGGGGAGAUUCUCCCGCACUCGGUGGCGUCGCGCCACGGCCUCGCCAUCGCCUCCAAAACCAUCUGGGUGACGCGGCUGCUCAUGGUGAUCUCCUUCCCCAUCUCCUACCCCAUCAGCAAACUGCUGGACCUCAUCCUCAACCAGGAGAUCUCGAACUUCUACACCAGGGAGAAGCUCCUGGAGAUGCUGCGCGUGUCCGACCCGUACCACGACCUGGUGAAAGAGGAGCUCAACAUCAUCCAGGGAGCGCUGGAGCUGCGGACCAAGACCGUGGAGGACGUGCUGACGCCGCUGAGCGACUGCUUCAUGCUGGCCUCGGACGUGGUGCUGGACUUCAACACCAUGUCGGACAUGAUGCAGAGCGGAUACACGAGGAUACCGGUGUUCGAGAACGAGCGCUCCAACAUCGUGGACAUCCUGUUCGUCAAGGACCUGGCGUUCGUGGACCCGGACGACUGCACCCCGCUGAAGACCAUCACCCAGUUCUACAAACACCCGCUGCACUUCGUGUUCAACGACACCAAACUGGACGCCAUGCUGGAAGAGUUCAAGAAAGGGAAGUCCCACCUGGCCAUCGUGCAGCGGGUGAACAACGAGGGAGAGGGCGACCCUUUCUAUGAGGUGAUGGGCAUCGUCACCCUGGAGGACGUCAUCGAGGAAAUCAUCAAGUCAGAGAUCCUCGACGAGACGGACCUCUACACUGACAAUCGUACGAAGCGCCGUGUUUCUCACCACGAGCGGAAGCAGCAGGACUUCUCCAUCUUCAAACUGUCGGAGAACGAGAUGAAAGUGAACAUCUCUCCUCAGCUUCUCCUGGCAACACACCGCUUCCUGUCCACAGAGGUGGAGCCCUUCAAACCCGCUCACAUCUCAGAGAAGAUCUUGCUGAGGCUGAUCAAACACCCCAGCGUGGUUCAGGAACUCAGCUUCGACGAGAAGAACAAGCGAGCGUCGCAGCACUUCCUGUUCCAGCGCAACAAACCCGUGGACUACUUUGUCCUGGUCCUGCAGGGUCGAGUUGAGGUGGAGUUUGGUAAGGAGGCGCUGAAGUUUGAGAAUGGAGCGUUUUCCUACUUUGGGGUUCCUUCCAUCAUGCCAGCAGUCCACAGAUCCCCCUCUCGCAGCAGUGGUUUGGACCGCUCUGAGUCCAUGCUGUACGGAGGCAGCAUGAGCCAACUAAACGGUGGGGGGAACGUCUACCUGCCAGACUACUCUGUCAGACAGCUCACACAUCUGCAGAUCAUCAAGAUCACCCGGAGCCACUACCAGAACGCUGUGACAGCCACCCGGAUGGACAGCUCUCCUCUGACGCCGGAUGCAGACGGCCGUCUGGCAGAAGGCAACGGCCCAACCCCAGAGGCCCCGGCCGCGGAGCACGGCGCCACGCUGAUGCCCCCGGGGCACAGCAGCAGCAGCAGCACCACCACCACCACUCUCAUGCCCCCACCCAGGGAGCACGGCCGGCCCAGCUCCGCCCGAACCCGAGGACAGCAGUCCAGCGUCCCGCACAGCACCUCGCUGCUGAACGAGAAGAACCGCAUCGUCCGCAGCAAGUCUGACGGCCAGAAGAGCCCCAGCGACUCAGUGUUUCUCAGGAUGGAUGAGAUCCCUUACAUCAGGGAGGACAGAUCUGAGGCCGACGCGCACACUGACAUGGCCUCUGUUCCCAUAGAAACGGACACGUCCCCUUUCAUCAGCAGCCUGUCCCUCAGCGGCUCAGAGGACACACUGGGCAAGAAACUCCUGCUCAAACUCAGCCACAAGAAGAGGAAAAAAUCCCGCGAAGGAGAAAGAACACCAGAGGACAUUUCAGAACAGCCGCUGGUGAAAACCUAGCAGCGUGCGUGUGUGCGUGAAUGUGUGCGCGCGCGUGCGUGUGACGGACCCGGACAUUCAAUCAUCUGAUGGUUCUUUAAGUUGUUUGUGAAGACGAUGUGGUUGGUGAACUACAGCUAUCAGAGUUUUAUCUGAAAACAACACACCCCCUCCCCCCCUCCCACUGUGGGAGUUUAUAAAGUGGACCCAUCCACAGAUAUGUACUGAACUCAUGGAUGGAAGACAUCAGUUUAUAAAAAUAAAAAAAACGGGGGGGUCGCAGCUUUGCAAUAUGCAUUAUACUGGAACUUCACAGGUUUUUUCAUGCUGAUGCUUGUAAAGGAAUGACUGUGAAUGUUAAAGGUUUGUAGAAAAUAAUAGUUUUAUACUAUAUAUAGUAUAUAUAUGAUCACUUCUCCAAUGGAGCUGAGGGGAAUAACAGUACACAGGAAUCGGAUGGAAGACACCAAAGACGUUGCUGUUUUUAUACUGCCCCGAAUUGCAUGGGGACAUCUCAACAGAACAGAAGUAAACUGGCCGCUUUGUGCUCAGGCUUUUGGUUUGAAAGGUCUCUUGAUUAAUGUUGCUUGUUUACCUGCUAAUGAGAUCUAUAGUCUAACAUGAACCGACAACAAAUAUUAUUCUUUUCGUCUUCUAUUUAUGUACGGACAAGCAUUUUAUAUCCAGAUUGUGUCCGUUUUUAAAACAUUUCCCUCCCUUUUUCCAAAAUGCAGAUUGGCACACACGUCUAAUAAGAUCUUUACAAACCAGGGGCAUUUUUUUUUCUUCUUUUUUCUUGCGAUCAAUUUGCACAUCAAUAUAUUUUUUUUCCCACUGUUUUUUGUUGUUGUCAUGAGUUCUUUCACAAAGAUCGCAAAUAUGACGCAGUGACAAAGCGACACCUAAUCUUUUUUUCCAAACAAUGUUGAUUUUUCUGAGCUCCUGUUGCAUAAAACAACAACAACAUGGGUUCACAUAGCCUGAACACAGAGCCACCCGAGGCGACAAACUUUUACUGCUUUCAACCUUGACUAAGGCAGCGCAUAUCAUAUCCACUUCUUUUAAUUACCUUUCACAAUAAAAGUCCUCGAUGGCGUAACUGCUUACCUGUCGGCAGGGUCCACAGUUAGCACCAGCCACCAGCCAAACGCUGAUAAUAUAUGCAAGUGGCUGGUAGAUUUGCGUCACUCACCAGCCAAAAAAAACAAUGGUAAUUUAUUGAGUGUCUGGUCAAAUUUUAACAUUAACUAGCCAUUUGGCUGGUGGAAAUUUGUUUUUAUUUUGUACCCUGCCUGCCGGUAGCCUAUAAAUAUUCCGAAGUGAGGAUUUCGCAUUUUCGUGUUGUUUAUUCAUAACGCUCCCAGUGUGUAAAGGCCUUAAGCAAGUACAUAAUGUGGCCAAAAGUAUGUGGACGCCUCUGUUUUUCUGGUUUGGGCCGCCUACUUACAAUGAACGGAAGUCUUAAUGCAACAGCAUACAAUGAAUUUUAGACAUAAAUGUAACUUUGCAUCAGUAGUUUUUGUAUGUUAGUGUCAGGUGGUAAAAACACAAAUGGUUGAAACGCCCGCUCUGCAUCAUCGCAGCUGUAUGUUCAAACAGCAGGCUGACUCUGAAGUAGCUGAUUGAUUGUGCACCUUGUUAUCUGACAAUAGUCAGAUUGGAUUUGUAUGGUUGUUCAAUUGUUAUGUUGCUUAUUCUGCUUCGUGGUGAAACUCAUCGCUAUAACGCCUCCGCUUAUCCAGAAAUGACCCUCAUCCUUUUUUGUUUUGAGCUCUUCUUUUUCAUUAUCUGAGCCGAAAGUUUCAUUUUGAAGAUAUGUGACGCAAAUCGCAUUUUUAUAGCUCAUAAAAAAAAAAGUCUUCUUCUGAACCUUAGAGCGCUAUUAGACUGUGGCUCAGACAUGGAUAGAAGACAGAUUGGAGCCGCCUGUCUGCAUAUAGAUUUUUUUUUUUAAAUGUCUUUCAUUUCAGUUCAGUUGUAUUCAUGACACGAUGUGUGACCACUGAACCUCUUUAAAUAUUCUGCUCGUGCUGAGCCCUUUUCAUUAGAUCCAUUUCAAUUAUAAAUGAAUCUCGUUUUCUCUAGCAUUUCUUUAUUGGAGGGGGAAAUGAAAGUGUCUGCAAAGUGGCUGAAACUACUGUUGUUCCCCACAACAUAUGAUGGUUGUAUCCCCUUGUGUCAUAUAGGAUGCCAAGAUUACAUCUGUUAUUGGGUUUAGAAGAUUAUCUACACUGGAAACACAUACCUCCAAUAAGGCUCUGUUGCAGACUCGGAUGUACAGUACGUCUUCACUCAUCGGCGUCUCCAAUCAUUUCUCAACCAAUCAGCAUUAAUGUAAAUAUUAAUAACUAGCUUGACACAACUUGACUUUUCAUCUUCACUUUAAAUGUCACUGGACUGA